CAAAGAAAGAAAGGAUAACGACUCUCAUCUCAUCUCAUUCCACUGAACGAGCCUCAUUCAUUCCUACACGAUAACGCAAUCUUCUCUCUCUCUCUCUCUACACAUUCACCUUCUUCUUCUUCACACUCCAAUCCAUGGUACCUUGCUCUGUAACAACCCCUUCUUCUUCCUCCUCCUCCUCGCUCUCACUGGUUGCCGCUGCAAUCAUCCCACGCCACACCACCUUCUCUCGCUUCCCCCUCCGCCCUCUCAACUCCAAUGCCUCCCUCCGCCUCAUCCCCCACCGCCUCCGUCGAACUCUCCAGGUCCAGGCACAGGCUCAAUCUCAGCCCAGGACGCUCUUCCCAGGCGGGUUCAAGCGCCCCGAAGUCAAGGUCCCGACCCUGAUCCUUCAGCUGGACCCCGACGAGGUUCUGAGCGGCGGCGACGCUGCACUGGACAUGAUUGACAAGGCCGUGUCCAGGUGGGUUGGGAUUGUGGUCCUUGCUAGCAAUGAUGCCAGUGGUGGCAGGCUCUAUGAAGCUGCUUGUGUGUUGAAGUCGCUUGUUCGGGACCGUGCUUACUUGUUGGUUGCUGAGCGGGUUGAUAUCGCCGCCGCCGCCGAAGCUAGCGGCGUUUUGCUGUCCGAUCAAGGUCUUCCUAUUGUUGUUGCAAGGAAUACAAUGCUGGGUUCCAAAGCUGAAUUGGUGGUUCUUCCAUUGGUGGGUAGGGUUGUCCAAACCAUAGAUGCUGCAGUGAAUGCAACUAAAUCUGAAGGUGCUGAUUUUCUUAUAUAUGGAGGUGGUGAUCUGGAUCUUCUUACUCAGGAUGUUGGUUCUGUAUGUGAGAAUGUAAAGAUACCUAUUUUCGUCUCAUGUCCGUUGCAGGGCAAAAAUAUGUCUUAUGAUGAGGCAUCAUGUUUACUCACUUCUGGUGCUAGUGGUUUUGUUACCAGUUUGGAAAUUUUUGGGUUGUUUGAUGGUGAUUUCCUGCACAAAUUAUUUGACACUGGGUAUGCAAUUGAUGAGAGAGUACCAGAUGAUAAUGUCAGUGAUACUAGUGAGAAUAAAAUAUUGAACAUGAGUAAUGGUUUCCAGACCAAAACAGAGGUUGUGGCAGGAUUUGUUAAACUGGAGGAUAGAGAGAAACAGUUAAUAGAAACCGAGAGAUUGGUGUUGAGUGAAGCUAUACAAGUUAUCAAGAAAGCUGCACCUCUGAUGGAGGAGGUUUCACUUCUUGAUGACGCAGUUUCUCAAAUUGAUGAGCCCUUCUUACUGGUUAUAGUGGGGGAAUUCAACUCUGGUAAAUCUACUGUAAUCAAUGCACUUCUUGGAGAACGAUAUCUUAAAGAUGGGGUUGUUCCAACAACUAAUGAGAUCACGUUUUUACGAUAUACUGACCUAGAUAUCGAAAAACAACGUUGUGAAAGGUUUCCAGACGGUCAAUAUAUUUGCUACCUUCCUGCUCCAAUUCUAAAAGAGAUGACCAUUGUUGAUACACCAGGAACUAAUGUGAUUCUACAGAGGCAGCAGCGUCUUACGGAGGAAUUUGUACCCCGUGCAGAUUUACUUCUUUUUGUUAUUUCAGCCGAUCGCCCUUUAACUGGAAGUGAGGUUGCUUUUCUUCGUUAUUCACAGCAGUGGAAGAAGAAAGUGGUCUUUGUUUUGAACAAAGCUGACAUAUAUCGGAAUAAUCAUGAGCUUGAGGAAGCAGUGUCCUUCAUUAAGGACAAUAUUCAGAGAUUGCUGAAUACAGAAGAUGUGAUAUUGUAUCCUGUAUCUGCUCGGUCUGCUCUUGAAGCAAAACUUAUUGCUACCACUAAUGUUGGGAAACUUAAUGAAGAAUUAUCUGUCCCUGGUUCUCAUUAUAGUGCCGGAAGUUUCGAUGACCUUGAAAAGUUCUUGUAUAGCUUUCUAGAUGGGUCGACAAUGCCAGGAAUGGACAGAAUGAGGCUCAAACUAGAAACACCUGUUGGAAUUGCAGAUAGACUAAUUUCUGCAUGUCAAACUCUUGUGACACAAGACUAUCGAUAUGCCAAGCAGGAUUUGGCUGCUGUGAAUGACAUUGUUAAUGGUGUAAAUGAUUUUGCGUUGAGUAUGGAAACUGAGAGCCUUUCUUGGAGGAGACAAAUUCUAUCUUUGAUUGAAACUACAAAGUUGCGUGCUGUGGAGCUUGUAAAGGCUACAUUGCAAUUGUCAAAUCUUGAUAUCAUUACUUCAUAUGUUUUCAAAGGAGAGAACCAAGCGAUGCCUGCUACCUCAAAAAUUCAAAAUGACAUAAUUAGUCCUGCCCUUUCUGCUGUUCAGAAAUUACUUCAAGAAUACGAGAACUGGUUACGAUCCAAAAACACUGAACAAGGGAGACUAUACAAGGAAUCUUUUGAAAAACGAUGGCCUUUGUUGAUCAAUGAAAACAGUCAGAUGAAUUUUGAGACAUUUGAGUUGCUAAAGAAAGAGGAUCAAGCUGGCUGUCAGGUGAUUGAAACUUUCAGCAGUAGUGCAGCUUCAAAGUCAUUUGAGCAAGAAGUCCGUCAGAUGAUUUUAGGGACACUCAGUCAACUAGGAGUGGCUGGUUUAUCGGCUUCACUACUGACAUCUGUACUGCAAACCACAAUGGAAGAUCUUCUUGCUCUUGGUAUUUGUUCUGCUGGCGGGUAUUUAGCUAUAUCAAAUUUCCCAAGUCGUAGGCAGAGAGUGAUAGAUAAGGUGAAAAGAAAAGCAGACACCUUAGCAUAUGAACUUGAAGAGGCCAUGAAGAGGGAUUUGACUGAAGCAAUGGCAGAUUUGGAUACCUUCGUGAAAGUCCUUGGCAAACCUUACCAAGAUGAGGCGCAGAAUAAACUUAACAAGCUAGUUGAGAUUCAAGAAGAACUAUCAAAUGUUGAAAAAAAACUUAGAACACUACAAAUUGAUAUUCAAAAUCUUCACGUGUCGUGACUUAUUUGAACCAUUUUGUUGUCAAUAAUUCAAAAUAAAUCCAUCCCUUUUUAAACGUUACAA